CAGGCAGUGGGACAGACUGGGAGCCAGUUCAGGAAGGAGGAGCGCUCAGCCUGGAAUGGGAGAGGAGCUAUGUUGUUAUUGGUGCUGGCUGGCCAGGGAGUGAUCUGGGGCUGGCUCACACUUACGAGUUCUUGGCAUGCAGCACUUUGUUUUUCUGCCUUCAGUUUAGAGACACUGGAGCAGCCUUCACUUUGCACAGGAAUUACUGAAUUACAACUCUCUGUAGCCCAGGAAUCUGGGGCAUGCCCCCUCCCUCCUUGUCAUCCUAUUGUUGUCUGAACUGACCUUCUGCCUUCCUUGCAAGGAGCAAAUUAAUCCACUGGUCCUAGAGCCCUCGCUGCCUUAUCCCUGACACUGAAAAUAGAACACCUUUGACGUGGAAGGGAGAGCGCAUAAGGAGCAGCAAUCCACUACUGGGAGUUAGCGGAACACAUCGGCAAGCCAAUGACAAGAGGCAUGUAUGUGCAGCUACCAAUCAACAGCUACCCAGGGUCUGCAGGAACAGAAUGAACAACCCCUAGAGGCUGAACCACUGGCUACUCCCUCUACUCUCUAAAGGACACAAGAAUGUCCAACUUUCUCAUUGCUGUGAUCAUUGUACUUUCCAGAAUUCUUCUAUCUUCUUCUCUUGUGUUUCCCAAAGAUCUCACUCCACUCAGAACCAUUGAUGCACCAAGCACUCUGUCCUAUCCAUGGUUUCGUGGUGUUCCCAGUGAUGAUGACACUGCCCAUCUUGGCCUGGACUUCCAGAAGAUGCUCAAACUGAACCAAACUUUAUUCAUAGCAGCAAGAGAACAUGUGUAUGCUAUAGAUCUGAGGAAAUCUAAAGAGACCAUUUCAGCUGAAAGGUAUAUAACAUGGAAGACUCAGAACAUGGACAACUGUGCUUUGCGGGGCAAACAGCGGGAUGAGUGCUAUAACUACAUUAAAGUGUUGGUUCCAAAGGAUGACCAAACCCUGAUUGCUUGUGGCACUAACUCGUUUAACCCCAUGUGUCGAAGCUACAAGAUCAAAACCCUGGAAAAAGAAGGAGAUGAUUUUAAUGGUCAGGCGAGAUGCCCAUUUGAUGCUAAAUACGGCAACCUUGCUCUAUUUGCAGAUGGAAAUUUAUACUCUGCAACGGUAGCCGAUUCCCAGGCCAGUGAUGCCGUUAUAUAUCGCAGUAUAGGGGAGAAGAGUCUCCAGCUCAGGACAGUAAAAUAUGAUUCCAAAUGGCUUAGAGAACCACACUUUAUCCAUGCUGUGGAAUUUGGAAAUUAUGUUUAUUUCUUCUUCCGGGAAAUAUCAAUGGAAUAUACCACACUGGGAAAGGUAACGUUCUCACGAGUAGCUCGUGUCUGUAAGAAUGAUAUGGGAGGAUCUCCCAGAGUCCUAGAGAAGUACUGGACAUCUUUUCUAAAAGCACGCCUUAACUGUUCAGUGCCCGGAGACUCCUUCUUUUAUUUUGAUGUGCUUCAAUCUAUCAGCGAUAUUCUUACCAUCAACAAUCGCCCUGCAGUGAUUGGAGUGUUUGGUACUCAGGCCAACAGUAUUACAGGCUCCGGAGUCUGCUCUUUUUAUAUGGAUGAAAUUGAAAGGGUCUUCAAUGGGAAAUUUAAAGAGCAGAAGACCACAGAAUCUGCCUGGACACCAAUACCAGAAGAAAAGGUCCCAACACCAAGGCCUGGUUCUUGCGCAGGUUUCGGGCAAGCUUCAUCCUACAAGACAUCAAAUGAGUUUCCAGAUGAUAUGCUGCUGUUCAUCAAAUCAUACCCGCUGCUAGACGAGGCGGUGCCAUCUGUCACAGAGACUCCUUGGUUUACAAAGACCACAAGCAGGUUUAAGUUGACGCAAAUAGCUGCAGACACAGCUGCAGGCCCCCAUGGGAAUUACACUGUCUUAUUUCUGGGAUCGGAAGAUGGGAAAGUGUUAAAGGUCCUCUCUAGUACUACUGAGAAUUCAACAGUGGGGACCCUUCUUCUGGAAGAGAUAAAUGUUUACAAUCCUGCCAAGUGCAGUGUGAAAAAAGAGGACAGGAGGAUUUUGGGAUUGCAACUGGACCUUGAAAACCAUGCUCUACUUGUUGCCUUCUCAAGCUGCAUUAUUCGCGUACCUAUCAGCCGAUGCGAAUCAUUUGGAACAUGUAGAAGGAGCUGCAUGGCAUCUAGGGAUCCAUACUGUGUAUGGCUGAAGACAGGAUCCUGUGCAAACUACAAGAGUGAUAUAAGGGGUGGCUUUGAGCAAGAUGUAGAGCAAUCCAAGCACUGGGGCGCCUGUCAAGAUCUUGUUACUGCCUCAGGAAAUGUAGACCAUGAGGGAGAUUCAGCGUAUGGGAAAGCCCCUCCCAGCAGUGACAUCAACAUUGCCAGUGUUGCAUCCCUUGGGGAAGUGACUCUCCCGGUCGGGCUGGGCUAUUCCCCACCAGGUGUGACAUCAGACGGUUACUACCUUCUUUCUGCCUGGCACACUCUUAAAACCCAGGGUGUCCGACAAGAGGUUGGUGCUAAAGAACCUACUAAAAGUGUCCACUUCACUUUCCUUAUUGGCUGCGUCUUUGUUGCCUUUGUUAUUGGAGCUAUUUUUUCUGGUCUGUUUGUGUCUUGCUACUGCAACCACAUGUUUCAAAAAAAUAAGCACAUCAACAAAGAUCCAGAAUCUAAUCUUCAGCGCCCACUAUCUCUAAGAAGUCUAGCAAAGAUGAAUGGACUUCUGGACAGUCAAUCCAAGGAAGGCAUUAUGGAAGCUACAUCUCCAAAGCUUUACACCACAUUAUUACACGGUGAGAAGGAACAAUCAGCAGAGACAUCCAAAGCUGGAGGAAAGGAACAUCCAGAACUUUCAGGGUUGCCAACACCUGAAUCGACACCAGAACUACCAAUGAAAAACCUAAAAGCAUUUAAGAAUCAGUGGGAAAGAAAUCAAAACUGUAACAAUGCCAAAGAAAUCCAAGGGAAGAGCCCUGUAUUCCAUUUCCCAGUAUCAAACUCUCAAAUCUUUCAAUUUCCUAGUACUGUGGUCCUUCCCAGCAGUAUUCAUGGAUAUGAACAGCCUCUCUCAAAUUAUGGAGAUGAAAAGAAGAUUCCAAAUUCUGAAAGGGCACUUAUUCGGCAUUCACAGUGCUAUCUUCCUAAAGGGGUUGAGGUGAAUACUCUUGAAGAGCUUCUUAAACAUCUUCCAGAAAAUAGUGGAUCACCUAGGAAAAGCAUGAUAGCUAUUGGCCCACAAGCUAUCAGUCCUCAUUCACCUAUGUCAUUCAUCAAUAGAGUUCAGCCCAAUAUUCCUGAUACUGAAAGUGCACCAUAUUACAGUUCUUCUACACUUCCAAGAGACAGUUUGCCAAGAAGACUGGAUAUCCCACCUGAUGUUUCUCCUCAGUCUUGUUUGGAAAAGCAGUCUAGACACCCAUCUCAGAGACAUUCAUUGUCCUCCGGACACAAACUUAUGAACAUAGGCCCAGGUGGAUCAAUGAUUUCAAGGCAGCACAGCUUAGGUCAAGGGGGUAGACAACACCCACCUCCACUCCUGACAAGAAUGCAUUCAACAGGUACUCCAGUACCUAUGGAAAACCACAAUGUUUUUCUUUCACGGCAACACAGCUACACAGAUCAAACUCCCAUGCCGAGAAGUAUGGUGAAAAAGACCUUGUCCUUGAGGCCAGAAAUGCCAUCCAAUCCUGUAUUUCUGCCAUCUUCUCCUGUGAAGGAUGGAAACCAAUUCAAGUACUAAAUUCUUGAACUGACCAUUUUAAAAACAAACAGACACCAAGACAGUAGAGGAUGCAGAUGAAACAGAUCUUGUGUCCUUAGUCUUGAUGUUCUGAGAUACUCUCAUAUGGGCCAGAUUACUUUACAUGCUCAUUUUGUCCUAUCAACUCCAGCAAUAUGGUUGUGGAGAGUCUGUUGAAGAGUGUUGUGCAAAGUAAUGCCAUGUGCCACUGCUAUUAAAACCCCAUCAUGAUGAUCUAAAAUGACUACUUGAGUGGUGCAGUCAGUGAAUGACUGCUGCGAUAAACAUUAUUCUACCUAACUACUUUUGCAACCCUCUUCAUGUAGAUGUGGCCUGCAUGUAUUGACAACCAACGUUAAGCAGUCAUCUACAAUUCUGAGAGGUUUGAAGAAAGUUGCCCCUUUUGGACAUUUGAGGGGUAUGUUUCUUUCUUAAAUAAUGGUUGAUACCUAUGGAUUAUGAACUAUCUGUAUCCUGAGCCGAAAAUGCCAGCUAAUAAGGCACGUGAAAAACAACAACCCACUAGAUUUCAUUGCUAUUGUUGGAUGACAUGAACGGAUACCUCAAGAGGAAGAGAUAUGUAAAUUAAUUUAUAUAUACGUACAUGUAUAUAUAGAUAUAUAUAUGUAUAUUUCAUAAUGUACCUCCAUAUAAAAGGAGAUUAAAAUACCCUACUGUGUAGGGGCAAGAUUUCACUUCUAUUAAUAAAGCUGACAUUGUAUAGAUUUAGGACAAAAUAAAGCUGGUGCCUGAACUGAAAUAUAUUGUGACCCAUCCAUUUCAAACACAGAAAACAAGAAGAUAGCUGUCAAAAAUAAGAAGGUCUUAAGAAUCUUCAUAAAAUCAGUAUAAUGUUUUUAAAUAUUCAUGUAAAUGGAGAACAAUGAAGAUAACACAUAUACAAAAACUUUCAGGGUAUAAGCACUGUGUGCUUACGGUGAGCUGAGCUUGAAUCCUGCCAUUUUGUUUUUAUUUUUUUUUAUUUGCAACCAUGGAAUGUUCGGACUGAGUUGGCCAAGAGACAGAUUUCAUACAGAGGAGCAGGUUGUGUUCUUAAUGGCCACACCUUUGUUUAAAUCCAGUUAGCCCAAUGUAUAGUCUGUGUACAUGUGUGCCUUAUUCCAGGCUAGUCUUAUGAUGAACAGUGAAAUUGUAGUCUGCAUUUAUAAUGGUUUUAAUUUUUGCAAAAGGUUUGUUCUCUGCAUAAAGGAGUAAUAGGGGCCUAAAUUACAACUUGACUUACCUGUGGGGCUUGUUCAUAAUUUUAGGUGAUGUGUGAAAUACAUUUCAAAAUGACCCAGUAUUUGGUAUAAUGUAUUGUCAGCUACAGAUCUUCCAUGUUGUACAGUUAAUACUCAAGGUGGUUCCUGCUAAAAUGUUUAAGGUUGGUGGAGAUCAGAUUCCAUGAAUUGUGCACAUUUUAAAAUCUUUAGGAACAUUGUAUAAAGAUAAGUGUACAUAAAGCCCAACUCUAUCAAAUGGAAAAAUAUCAACCAAUUCCUUGUAAGUAGCAAGUUCUAACAGGGAGAGAAUUGUUUAAUUCUAUAUGUUUAUUUUAUUUCAAAUGUUGAGAGUUAUGUCAUACUCCUUUACUGCUAUUAAAUAAAACUAGAAUUGCAGAGAAAAUAUGAAAGUAUAGCUUCCAUACCAUUGCAAGUGAAUGGGAACUUCAAAAUAUAAACUUGUUUAAUGGUAAGAUGUGAGAUCUAGAUUCACUAAUCUAUUAAAGUAAUUAAACAAGCAGCCAUUCUAUGCCCACGUUUGCCUUGUAUCUGAACAUUUAAAGGGUUGUGUGAACUGACAGCGAUUUAAAUAUGUUGAAAUAUUGUUCAAUGAGAAAGGUCAAGGUGUAAAGCUGUUUAAACUGGCUCAGAAACUAACAGAGCAAACAAUUUAUACCUAAGGAUUCAUUGCUUAAAAGCAAGUAUGGACAAUCCUCUGUGUCUGCUGGUGAGUGGAGAGUACGAAGGAGCCAUUAAAAGUAAUUUUAUUGAGGAGAAGAUUAUCCAUUAAAAAAGAAGCUGUGAAGUUUUUAAAAUACUUUUUUUUUAAAAUACCCCUUUAAGGGAUAUUGAAAACUGCCUACAAGGCUGUGGCUUUGUACAAGGCUAUUGCAGAUAUGUGUUGUGAUUCUUAGCAAGUGGGUUGGAAGUUAAUAAAUGGAACACAAUAUGCUAUUUUAAAUCAUAGUAGUCCGUCACUGGUGAAUUAUGCACAUGGUCAGGUUAACACUCUACUUUUGUUCUCAAACAUUCACUGUUCUGUAAUCCCCCAACUGCCUUCUACAUAUAGCAAGAGUGGACUCAUUGGUUGUGUUUUUGGCAGGUAUCUUUGAAGUGUGAGGGCAGCCUGCAGUCUCUUUAGUAUUAUUGCCAUUGUCCAAACUUUUUAAAGACCUUGAAUGUAAAAUUUGUAAAAAAAAACAACAACAAAAUAAUAAAAAAAAAUAAUAAAGAAAUAAAAAAUACAUAAAACAAUAUAAA